UAAAUUCGAGUUUAAAUGGUUUAGAUCAGAUAUAUCCAAGAUUAUAAUUCAAAAAAUGUACAGCUUUGUAUACGACAGUGUAGCAGAGGAUUUAUGGAAAUGUUCCUGGUUUCUGAACUUGUUUCAAUUCAUCAGUACAACGAUUAUAAAUAAACCGUAUCUGCUGAUUUUAAUUUUUGUUUUUAUCCUUAUUGUCUACUUUUCGUUUUCAACUGUUAACGAUGUAGUUGAUUUGAAAGAUAAUCGUUAUAACGAAGGAGGAACGAAUGCCAGGAAAUUACGUACAAAACGAAUGCAGUUAUUAAAAGAAACAAAUAUAUUAAGAAGAACGAAAGGAUGUCCUCCCGCGUAUCCAAAUGGAUGGAUACCUUUGUUGGAAUCCAGAGAUCUACCUGUUGGGAAGUGCAUGCCUGUUACUGCCCUAGGUCAGCAAUUUGUUGUAUUUCGUGGAAAAACAGGAACAUGUUUUGUUUUAGAUGCUUAUUGCCCUCAUUUGGGCGCUCAUUUAGAAACCGAUGGCAAAGUUCACGAGGAUUGCAUCGAAUGUCCUUUUCACGGAUGGCGAUUUACUGGAAAAGAUGGUACUUGCGUGAAAAUACCUUACGCCGAAAAAAUUCCAGAAGUGGCUAAAAUAAAAAGUUGGGAAACCAUCGAACAGAACGGAUUUAUUUACGUGUGGCAUCAUGCAGAAAGCAAACCUCCUCUGUGGAAACCUCCAGUUAUACCAGAAAUAGAGAACCGACUAAUGUCGUACAUAGGUCGUAGCGAACACGUUAUAAACAGCCACAUUCAGGAAAUGUUGGAAAAUGCAGCAGAUUCCGCUCAUCUCAAUUGCCUUCACAGAUUUGGAUUGUCGUCCAAAAUUACUCAUCAUCCAGAAAAUUGGCAGAGAUAUAUUCAGUUUAUAGCCAACAUAUCCCCCAAUCCGGUGUGUGAAGAAAAUUUUCACACUGCUAAAUAUAUAGGCGUUAUGGCUAUAAAAUUGUUCGGAAUAUCUCUACUAUGGUCAUCGUUUGAAUUUGAACAGGUAAUUAAUUAA